ACAAUAUUUUGAAUCUGUUUCCUGUGUUUUUUAAUCUAAAAUAUUUCAUUUUAUAAGAACACAAUCUUGAAUCACCUACACACUUAAAUUAUUAAAUGAAUAAAUGUCCUGUACAAUGAAUUGACUAACAGAUGAGUUUCAACUGAAAUAUUGUUUAUAUUAUUAUAAGUAUUAUUUUAUUUAAAAAAAAAACCUUUAUAUAAAAUGCGAACAUACGCUAGAAAGCGUACAGAAUAUCAACUUAUCGAGGGUGUUCACGAAAUGUGUAGAUUGUGCCUGGAAAAAGUGAAAGAAACUGUUCCUAUCUUCACAGACACCGAUAAUGUUUGUGCUUCACUUACUAUGAGGAUUAUGAUGUGUGUUGGAUUAGAGAUAACCCGUGAAGACUGCCUGCCUGACAUGAUUUGUACCGAGUGCCAUAAAGAAUUAAAUAACUAUUACGAGUUUAAAAAGAGAUGUGUUCUAACUUACCAAAAGUUAAAAUCACAUGCCUUAGCUGUAAAACAAAUGGUAACAAAAAAAGGUACCGAUACAAAUGUAAAAGAAGACCAGAAUAAAACACCAAGUGUAUUAGAUCGAGUACAUCUAGACAAUGUGGAACAAAUAUUGCCUGUGAAGGAGUCACAAGACUUUGAAGUAAAUAUAGACCACAAUGGUCUGUCCAAUGUGCCCAAUGAAAAUGUUGAGAAAUCUACAACAGAAGCAACUACAAAUAUAUUGGAGACACCUGAAAAUCAAGAUGUAUCUGAAUUUAUCUCUUCUAUCCUUUUGGAACUUGGUAUUUUAACAAGAAAUGGUGAACACGCUUUAAAGAUGGAUCAAAAUAUUAAAUUAAUAGAAAUAGAAACAGGAGACGAUACAAAAAUGAUUUUAGAGCUUUUGGAAAUUGAUGAGGGGCAACAGAAUGCACCUAAGAAUAAAAUUAGUAGUAAUGAAAUAAAUAUUCAAUCAACGAUUAAAUAUAUCGAGCCUUGCGAUAAUGGCAAGAAUGUGACACCGCCGAAGGACGAGCGCGCGCGGUGUCCGCAGUGCGGGAAGCGCUUCGCCACGCGCGGCGCGCUGCGCAGGCACGCGCGCGUGCACUCCGGGGAGCGCCCCUACGUCUGCACCGUCUGCGCGCGCGCCUUCGCGCAGAGGGAGGUGCUGCGCCGCCACGAGCUCGUGCACGGAGAGGAGAAGCCGUUCAAGUGCGCGCAGUGCGGGAAGGGCUUCACGCAGCGCGGCGCGCUGGCGGCGCACGCGCGCGCGCACGCGGCGCCCGACGCGCGGGCGCUGGCGCUGCACCGCUGCGCGCGCUGCCCCAAGGUGUUCCUGCACGCCUCCGGGCUCAGCCGGCACGCGAUGCAGCACAGCGGCCGCGUGUUCGCGUGCGGAGCGUGCGAGCGGCGCUUCAGCGACAAGAGCUCGCUGCUGCGCCACCUGCGCGCGCGCCACGCGGCGGGCGGCGCGGCGGGCGGCGCGGCGGGC